UGAUUGAUUGAUUGAUUGAUUGAUUGACAGAACUCCCUCUGGUGAAAGGAGAGACAGAAGAACACUUGAUUAAUAAAUAAUAAUAAUUCAUGAUCAUUUAUCAAAACUUACAUAUUUCUAUAACUCAUUAAAGUGAAAAAUGCAAUAAUUAUAUAGAAACAGACACUGACAGGUUCAACUCGCUGCGAUCAAUAAAAACAUUUUCAUCUUUUCUUUCUAAAAUUCAAAGAAGAAAAAAAAAGAUCUCAACAAAAGGUUAAAGUUAAAGAAAUCAGUUACAUUACUAGUUACUGGAGAAAUCCUAUCCUAUUAUAACCGUUAUUAUGAUUAUUAUUAUUUACUGUUAAUGGUUACAGGUCCGUUCAGGGUUAAUCUGAAGUCCAGUAGAGGAACAUUAAUCACAGCCGGUACAGCAGCUCAGUGCAGGUCUGAAGAACUCCUCAGAGAGUCCGAGAGUCCGAGCUCAGACCGACUCACCCGCCUCAAAAAAGCUGCUGUGAGCUGAUGGUUCUGAUGGUUCUGAUGGUUCUGAUGGUUCAGUGUGGCACUGCGAGGCUCCUGUACAAAGAAAUACAGGAAGUUCAAAAGAUCCAAUAAAUAAUAUCUUCAGUGUCAAAGUGAAGAGCAGGGCCUUCUCAACCAUUAACAAUCAUAAUCAUUAAUAUUCAUAAUAAUUAAUCAUAAUCAUAAUCAUUAAUAAUCAUUAAUAAUAAUCAUCAUUAAUAAUCAUUAACGAUCAUAAUCAUUAAUAAUCAGUAAUAAUACAAAUUACUGCUAGGGAGGUUUUCCUGACAUCAGCAGCCAUGUUUGUAGUUCUGUGAACAUUUAGUGGAUGUUUCACAACUCCACAAAGACACUCAGUAUGUGUGUGUGUGUUUGGGGGGGGGCAUACAGUACAUUCCUGGUGAGCCUGUCACCAACACACCCUGAACACACCCUGUGGGCUGUGUUGCGUUCAGGGACAGCUCAGACUGUCAGACUCACUGCAGUUUGUCAUUUUACACACACAGUCUUUAAUCUGUGUGUGUACUGUGUGUUACUGUGUGUGUGUACUGUGUGUUACUGUGUGUGUUACUGUGUGUGUGUACUGCGUGUUACUGCGUGUGUUACUGUGUGUGUGUUACUGUGUGUUACUGUGUGUGUUAUUGUGUGUUACUGUGUGUGUGUGUGUACGUGUUAUUGUGUGUUACUGUGUGUGUUACUGUGUGUUACUGUGUGUGUGUGUACUGUGUGUUACUGUGUGUGUUACUGUGUGUUACUGUGUGUGUGUACUGUGUGUUACUGUGUAUGUUACUGUGUGUGUGUACUGUGUGUUACUGUGUGUGUUACUGUGUGUGUGUACUGUGUGUUACUGUGUGUGUUACUGCGUGUUACUGCGUGUUACUGUGUGUGUGUUACUGUGUGUUACUGUGUGUGUUACUGCGUGUUACUGUGUGUUACUGUGUGUGUGUUACUGUGUGUGUUACUGCGUGUUACUGUGUGUUACUGUGUGUGUGUUACUGCGUGUUACUGUGUGUGUGUUACUGUGUGUUACUGCAUGUUACUGCGUGUUACUGUGUGUGUGUUACUGUGUGUUACUGUGUGUGUUACUGCGUGUUACUGUGUGUUACUGUGUGUUACUGCAUGUUACUGCGUGUUACUGUGUGUGUGUUACUGUGUGUUACUGUGUGUGUUACUGCGUGUUACUGUGUGUGUACUGUGUGUUACUGUGUGUGUGUGUACUGUGUGUUACUGUGUGUUACUGUGUGUUACUGUGUGUGUUACUGUGUGUUACUGUGUGUUACUGUGUGUGUGUUACUGUGUGUUACUGUGUGUGUACUGUGUGUUACUGUGUGUUACUGUGUGUGUACUGUGUGUUACUGUGUGUUACUGUGUGUGUGUACUGUGUGUUACUGUGUGUGUACUGUGUGUUACUGUGUGUGUUACUGUGUGUUACUGUGUGUUACUAUGUGUGUGUACUGUGUGUUACUGUGUGUGUACUGUGUGUUACUGUGUGUGUACAGUGUGUGUACAGUGUGUUGUGUUGACAGAAAUGUCGAUCAGUUCAAUCAGUUCGAUCAGUUCUCUAGAAUCAAUAACUAAUAACUGCUCAGAACUACGUGUUCACAAUGACAAUGCUAACAUGCUAAUGUUUAUCAUGUUAUCCAUCUUAACUAACUAA